AUGAUGGCGAUGAUGAUGACUGGCCGUGUGCUGCUGGUGUGUGCCCUCUGCGUGCUGUGGCGCGGUGUUUGCGUGGUGGCUGUGCCGGCGGCCGAUGUUGCUGGCGGAGGUGAUGGCGGUGCGGAUGAGUAUUUUGUUUUGCGGUGGCACGCUCAGCUGCGGAGGGAGUGCGCGGAGGCGUUCGGCAGGAGGACAGGAGGCAGGAAGGAUGUUUUCACCGUUGAUGAUUGCGUGCGUCGGGGGAUGGACGGUGUGCGUGCCUUUGGGGAUGGCCGUAGCCGUUGGAGGCGUCAACACUCCGCUGUGGUCGCUGCUGCUGCUGAUGGUGAGGUUGAUGACAAAAGUGGCGAAGGCAGCGGUGACACAUUGAAGGGAUUAUCUUCUUCAGACCAGAUGUCACAAGCGGGACAAAAUCAAGAAGAAAGACGGGAACUUACAGGUUCACUGGAAGUGACGAAUACGUUGGAAGGAAGCGAGGAUUCACAAAUAACAGGCGAACAGAAUUUCAGUUUAGAUGUCGAUCGUCCCAAACAAACUGGGAGUCAAGAGCCAACCGUCGGCCAACCGGAGGAUGAGGAAGGCACGAGAAAUCUCCAACUGCCACCACCACCACCUCCUCCAGCAGAACCACUGCCACCAACACCACGACAACCACCACCAGGAACAAACACAUUACAGUCAGAAAAAACAAAUCCACAAAUUACAGCGGAAAAACAUUCAAAGCCACAAGACGGAGGUCACUCACACGAAACGAAGAUGCUACAAACGAAAGGUUCAACAAAGCACGAGGAAGGAGCAUCCUCCUUGCAGUCACCGGAGAGCGUAUCGCAUUUGAGUCGAGAGAAAACAACACCAUUAUCUACCUCCACAGACAGCAGCGGCGUUGCCGGAAGCACGGUGGAGAACAGUGGUGCUAACAAUCCCAAACCUCCUGCCGCCUCAGUGACACAACAUGAUUCCAAGGGAGAUAUUGGCUCCGCUGCUCUGCCAGCCAACAACACCGAAUUGCAAUCAGAGGAAAUACCCAACGCAGGUAUAAUUGCCACGACGUAUGACGACGGCGACGACAGCAGCCCUGCAGCUCCUACUGCUGAAAGGACUACCGCUGGCACAAGAAGCACUCAAGCCUCUGGUGAUGCGAGUGACGUUGAACGGGCUAAUAACGACGACGUCAAUGAUGACGUGGCACACAACGAUAAGACCGCAGAAUUUGAAGCCGCCUCAGGAGGCAAGGACACUGAGGCAGAUAAUAAUGAGAGGUACACAUCAGAACCGGAGAACGCCACCAAUAAAACAAUCAAUACAGAGACCAUAGCCGACAGUGACGGCAGCACCGCGGUCUCCCACACCACCUCCCCUCUUUUGCUUCUUCUUCUUGUUGUUGCGUGUGCGGCUGCUGCUGCGGUGGUGGCCGCGUGA